AAGGAAUUACUCAUUAUUUUGAUUUAUAGAAUUUAUGAAAAGAAAUUUCAUAAUUAAUUCUUUUUUUUUUAAAAAAAAACCCCCCCUCGUUUAAAAUUUUAUAAAUAAAAACUUAUAAAAAAUAAAUUAAAUAAAAAAGCUUACUUAAUUAAGAUUUAGCUUAUUUGUUUACUUUAUUAUACGUUCUUAAAUCUUAAGUAUUGAUUAUGGAUCACUUACUUAAAUCGCACUAUGGCUAUUAACGCGUCUAAGGCCUCUUUGAAAAAACGCGAAUUAAUCGAUUUAACUGGUGACGACGACAUAGAUGAAGAGGAGAAAAGAAAGGAAGAAGAGAAAGGGGGAUUUGUAGUUUUGGAUGGAUUUCGCCGACCGCUACCCUCAAUGGGGCAGACUCCUUCCACCCCCGUCAACGACGAACAGUCUCGACCACAGUCACAAACGAAGUCGAACUCACGUUUGGCCAACGCCAACGCCAACGCCAACGCCAAUGUCACGCCUAGUGCCGUGAGAUCGAAACAUAAAGACAAGCACACAUGCACUCCUUCCAAACAACCUACUCCAUCUAACCGACCAUUACAAUCAUCUUCAUCUUACACUCAGCAUUUGUCCGUACACGAUCGCCCUCCCAAGCGCCGGAAGCUACAGGAUGGGGCAAGUCACAAAGUGGCCUCCCCCGCGGUAAACACCAAGACUUUGACGAAAUGCCUCCAAUUUCAAGUGUUCCCACACCUCGAGCGUGCUGUCAAGCAUCUAGACAGGAAGGUUUACGAUGUAGAGAAACUCGGUGCGAAGGUCAUCUGGAGCAUUGCGGAUAGUGACUUUGAGCAGAGAUUUCAUGAUAAUAAUGGUCGUCUUCCGCCUGAUACCGAAGCUUUGGUUAUAACACGCAUUCACGAACUCGUAGGCCAAUUUACAAAGGGAAAUGAAUUUCGCCUCAGCCAAGCUUCUUUGGAGCCGAUAUCGACGCCAGCUCCUAAGCCUAGCCUACAACCAGUCGCCUCGAUCUUACCUUCCAUUGAAAUCCCACCUAGUGAUACACUACCUGACAGGCUGCCUACCUCGCUGCCUGCAAAGGAAGAUCGUGAUGCCGGCAACAACAUUAAUGAUAAGGAAGGCGAUUAUGUAUACGAAGAUGUAGGUAAAUCCGAGCAAGUAGAGUCAUGGCACGUCCAGACACCUCCUCCAAAGCCAAAGCCGAAGAACAAGACCCUCGCCACACCACAACAGGUUCGAACAAGAUUAAAAGCAACACAGUGGCAGUCAGGUAAGCCUUACGAGUUUAAGAAAGAGGGGUCGCCUAUUCAGGUAAGGAACUCGUGGUUCGGCUUACCUCUACGGCCAUAUCUACCAGCAAGAACACGCCAACAGAUUGCAGCCGGAGUAAACCGUGGGCGUCCUUUCCACCUUCAGCCCGAUGACCUACGUGAACCAAGUGUAUACCAUGUCGACUUCAGCGACGAAGAAAUCAGGUAUAUUCGAUAUAUCAUGAGGUGCUUGCGUGGAAAAUCGGCAACCAAACCUGAUAUAUCAGAUCUCCAUGAUUUGCGUUAUCUAUUGAAGAAAUAUGGUGGACUGAGAGACCGCUUUGUUGAAGCCCAUGGCCAGAAAUAUGCCCGCUUCAAAAAUCCGCCUUCAUCUUUAGUGAAGCGCUCUCUGGAGGAUGUCCAGAAUUUCCUGGAUGAUGCAGAACAGGACCAGGUCGGCCUAGGACGCAAAUUGCUAUAUAUCAAACGAGACAAUGCUGGUGCUCGUAGUGAUUUCGCUAGGACAGACAAUAUUCCGAAUCUGCUAUUAGCCAGGGAGAUUGCCGGUAACCGCCUCGGAGCUACUAGACGAUACCUAAACUUUCAUGAGGCGUUCAAAUGUAGCCGGGAAGAUUAUAUGGAACCGAGGAUCGAAUGGACGAAUUGUGCGGGAGAUUUGAUGACGUUUAGCUGGAUGGGAAAUUCCACAGACUUCGUCUGCGGCACAACUACCCAUUCAGAUUCCCAUAACCAGCAAUACAACAAGCCUGGAAAUCUCUUGUUCGGCUCGACGGUGACCAAAAAUCUCCUAGCAUCCCCUGAACACCGAAUUCCCCGUCCUGUAGUUGCACACGGCGACAAUGCCUUGGCGUCGAUGAGGGAGAGUCAAGACCCUUGGCUUUUCACGUCAGUAGUUUCGUCAGACUACGAUCCUGCCAUGGGGUUUGCUUUCACGGCGAGCUACGACAACACGGUCAAGGUCUGGGAUGGAAGUUCUCGGCUGGUAAAGGAAACAUGGCACCACGAAGGGCGUGUCAAUUUCGUCCUGGCGAACAAACAGGAAGACUGUAGCAGGGUAGCCACAGCUGCUGAUGUCCCUACAAGAGCUGUGCGGGUCUAUCAGGUGGAGCGAAGAGACAACGUGGCCGGGUCAUAUACAUAUGAUGAGUAUUCGUGUAAAAGAGUUCACGGUGAAGACUACAUCCCCUCUGAUAAGUGGGCUUACUUUCCUUCCGCAAUCCGUUGGGGCAUACUGCCGAGUAUGAAGCAUCUUCUCCUAAUCGGUUACUCUCCUCGGAGUCUAAGCGGCGACGACAACGAUAUACCCGAAGAUAAGUCCGACACGGGUGAGCUUUGCCUCUGGGAUACCACCACGAAGACGGAGGUCAAAGUAAAUAGUGCGGCAACUGCAAAUGUGUUCGAGGUGGCGUGGCAUCCCUCCCGGCCAAGCUUCGCCGCGGCAACAUCAGCGUCCCAGACUUCGGAGAAGAUUGAAGAACAUGUUCGGACGCAAAUUCGGUUGUUUGAGCUCAACGAAUUGACCGGCCAGUACACUGUGGUCAAGAAAUUAGAUUGUCCGGCUAUUGAUAUCAACGAGCUUCUGAUCAGACCCAAUAGCACUUUGUACUCGUACGUCGUUGCUGGUUGCACCGAUGGCAAGGCAUACGUCUGGGACUCGGCGUGGACUGAUGAUCCCAUGUGCGUCCUAGAUCAUGGUGAACCGGUCGAAGAAUUCAUUGGCGAUCGAGAGCACGAAGACGUCGGAGUCAAAUUCAUUGCUUGGGCUACCACAACGGACCGUCUAUAUACCGGCUCGUCUGAUGGGGUAGUCAAGAUAUGGAAUAUACGACACGGGAAUGGGGUUCUAGUGAGAGACCUCAUCGAAGUUGCUGCACCCAUCACAGCUGGGGCCUUUUCUCCCGACUUCACGAAACUACUAAUUGGAGAUGGCAGUGGACGAGUCUAUCUCCUAGACCUAGAUGGUGACGAUGAGGAUAGUUCAAAUGCCGCUUCCUCUGGAUUUUUAAAUCUCCAACUUGAUGGAAAGCAGCGAGCAAUUCGACGACCUCGUCCCAUAACUUUACAUAAGGACAUAUCUCCACCUCACCCUCCCCCGAGCCACGGAGGGAAUAAUCCAGAAUGGCCUGAAGAGUCUGACCUCGAGUCCCGAGGAUACGGAAUCGGGCAGAAGAGGGCUAAGCAAUACUUAAAUAAACAACAACUAAUCCUCCACCCGAAUCCUACUAUUGGCGCUCUCCAAGGUCCGGCGUAUGCUGAAACGGCACUUUAUCGAGCAGAAGCCCAUAUUGGUCGGGACGUAGAAUAUGAUCUCAUUUCUGGAUACGAAUUUCUACAGUGGAACAACCAAGAGUCCUUACGGGGAGCCCGGAUUCGCAAACAAAGGGAUAUGGAUAUAAACAAGUGGCCAAAGUCUAAACGGCAGCUUCAUAAGCUGAAUAGGCAAUUGGAUUUGGGCAUCGACAGCCUUGAUGCACGUAUUCGCUCCCAGCUCUUAUCUGAAGGAGCUGAGCUUGAUGUGUCCCCACUAGACCUAGACUAUGAGACCGAGUAACUAGUGGACGCGAAUCGAAUCGAAUCGUCGAAGUUGUUAUGGCUAUUAAUUCAACAUGAAGAGGCAUCUAAUAUAACACAAAUUGUAUAUA